AUGGACAAUUUCACCGAAUGUUUGAACAAGCUGAAGGACAUCCAUGAGAAAGAAGUCCUUGGGCUGCAGAAUAAAUUGUUGGAGCUUAACACAGAGAAGUGCCGGGAUGCCCAGAGGAUUGAAGAGCUAUUUGCCAAAAACCACCAGCUCCGGGAACAGCAGAAAGCCCUGAAGGAGAAUGUUAAGGUAUUAGAGAACAGGCUGAGGGCCGGCCUCUGUGACCGAUGCAUGGUGACUCAGGAGCUGGCCAAGAAGAAACAACAUGAAUAUGAGAAUUCCCAUCUUCAGAGCCUGCAGCAUAUCUUCAUCCUCACUAAUGAAAUGAACGGGCUAAAGGAAGAAAACAAAGCUCUGAAGGAAGAAUUGAAGAGACUUCGAAACCUGGAAGACAGAGCCAAGCACCACCGGGCUAUGUCCAGGGAAAGCAGCUCCAGUCCAGAUUCACCUGUGCCAUUACUUUCCCCUGGGGGACGGAAACCUAGCACUGAGAAACCACCACCAAGCAGGGAGAAAGAGGAGGAUUAUCUUCCCCACACUCCCCUAGGAGAAGAAAAGUCAACAGGAUACCAGACUUCUCCAAUCCCUAAAAUCCCUCCUGGUGCAAACCUGCAGGAGCAGCGAGUUCUGGACAUGAAUCCCCAGCGGAUUUCUAAUCAGCUGCAUGGGACCAUUGCUGUGGUCAGACCAGGCUCCCGGGCUUGCCUCUCAGAGAAAAAUUCUUCUGAAGCAGCCACUCCACCUCCGCCAAGAAGCAGCCCUCCAUCCCCAUCCUAUGACCGAAGUCAUACCCUGGACAGCUACAUGAAAACGAACAAGCAGGAUUCCCGAGAGGCCGCCUCUUCCUAUGAAUCUCUGAAAUUGACAGCGCGCAGCGAGCACCUCUGUCUUCUCAACCGCCACUUGUCCCUGCAUCGCUUCGGCCUCCGGAGUAACUGCUCUUCGCCCCCCGGGGCCCAGAGCAUUUCGAGGAGCGGGCUAAAGGGCGGGGAGGGCGAUGAAGUCCGGAGCCGGCUGCAGGAAGACUGGGAGGACCGCCCGGCCUUCUUAGACCUGCCCGGAGCUAUAGUGUACAUGCGGGACCAGAGACUGGAGGGCACGCUCCAGUUCCUGGAGCAGAGGGAAAGACUCCAGUACCUCCUGGCCCAGCAGCAGCUUCGGGGGCUCCGAGUUCGGGUGGAGAGCACUAGAGAUCGAGAUACAGCCCCAGGGGAGCCGGAGGAGAAGCCGCCCUCUCCUCCUCACCAGACUGCAGACUCCGGGGGAAAAGAGACAAGGAAAGAAGAGAAGCAUCCGCCCAGGCAGUCUUGUGCAGAGCCCGUGAGACCUCUGCUCCUAGUGGGGAGCGACUGCUCAGAGCCAAGGGAGAAGGAGGAAACGAGCCGGAAUUAUGCCCUGGACAAGCCCCUAGACCUCUCCGACUAUGGCCGGUGUAGGGAAGCCCCUAGACUCCCCGAUUGGCUCAAGUCGCCUAGUCCCCCCGAGACUCGCAGCCCAAGUCCAAGGUUGGGGGAAAGAUCUUCGGCACAGAGAGGCAAAGGGACUCACUCCCUUCUAGUUCCAGAGACCAUAAGCAAAUUCCCAGCCACCAACCCUGCAGAUGUUCAUAGAGAGGCAGAUCGAGUCUGCAGCCAGGAGAGAGAUGAACCCCCUGCUACUUUGGAGCAAAUGCUGUCCCCACAAGGUCAUCAUCUCAGCAAGCUCGCUUCAGAUGAGGCUGAACAUGAACCAGGAAUCAGGCUGAGGUUGUCUCUCCGGAAACAAGAAGCAGAUGGUCAACCAGACACCAACCACGCUGAGUCCUCGAAGCCAGAGUCUGAUGAGCUGGAUACCUCGGACAGUGAGGUGGCUCCUAAUUGUGACCCAGGAAACAACCAAGAAACCCAGGGAGAAGACCUAAGGUAUUUUUGUGUGAAGGAUAAAAUACAGGGAUUGCCCAAGAAACGGAAACGGGGACAAGAUCUGUGGAGUAAAGUAUCUAAGAAGUCCCCAAGAGGAAGAAGGAGAGUGAAAGGAGUCUCUGUCCAGAUUGAAGAAGAGGAAAUCCCAAAGGAAGAAGAUAAUUCCAGUUCUUCUUCAAGCAAUGGGGCCUCAGAGGAGACAACCAUGAGUGGGCCAUGA